AGGGUCCGUCGGGCCCGGUCGAUCGGCCCGGUCGGUCACAGGAAGCCCGGGCCGGCGAGAGAGUCCGUGGCCGUCAGACCAGGCACCAAAUCCUCGUGGCUUCAAUUCCAUCACCCGCUCGCCGUGCGCGCGCGUGACGUGCGGUGUGGCUGUGGCCACACCGACACCCUCUCGUCCCGUCGUCUUCGACCUCCGCCGCCGUGGAUAAAGCCGCAGCCAUCGGACGGCCGCGGAGGGGCAUGGCGCCUUCGCGAGCCGUCGAUCGGACCAACGACGCGGGGGCGGGCGCAGCCGGAGCCGUCGGAUUUCGAGAGUGAGUCCCCGGUCGGCGGGGCCGUGGACUAGUGGUGCGCUAGGUGGUUGGUAGGCUCUCCGUUUUCAACCCGCGUUCGCGCCAACACGGCAGCGCUAAAAGCUAUUGCUGGGGAGUGGGGAGGCCGCCAGGACGUAGGAGCUACUAGCUAGUUAGAUAGCGCGCGCCACGAGUUCCCCCGAGCAGACAGCGUACGUACAAGCGAGUGUGACCCACCGUGCGGGGUGCUCCCACAUGGCCGGAUCGGGCGGCGAGGUGGCUCCUCGCCCGGCGAGCUACGGCACCAGCCUCAGCGACUACCUCGACGGGCCGAGCGACCUCCACCGCCGCGCCGCGUCGCUGGCCAUCGUGCGCUCCGCCGCCGGGGCGCGGGACGACGGCCCGCGCAUCGUCGACGGACCGGGGCGGGACGAUCGCCGGACGCAGUCGUCCCGCCGCGCCUCCCUCUCGCUCUGGCGCUCUAGGGCCCCGGCCUCGGCCUCUGACUCUUGGAGCUCCGCGUCCGGCGCGGGGGGUGGCAAGGGUGGAGGAGCGGCGCCGGCGUCGGCGUGGCAGAGCUGGCGGCCGGUGCGCGCGCUGGCGCACCUCGGGAAGCGCCGCGCGGCGUGCCUGUUCUCGGUCGAGGCCGACGCCGUCCGCGGCCUGCCGGGCUCCAUGGAGGGGCUCCGCCUCGCCGUCACCGUGCGCAAGGCGGAGGCCCGGGACGGCUCGGCGGUGCAGACCGUCCCGUGCCGGGUGCGCGGCGGCGCUGCGGACCUGGACGAGACGCUCUUCGUCAGGUGCAACCUCUUCUUCACCGGCGGCGCGGGCACGGGGAAGCCGCUCAAGCUCGAGCCGCGGAGGUUCGUCGUAUCCGUCGUCGCCGUCGAGGCCCGGGGCGCGGCCAGCCUGCUCGGCGCGCACACCGUCGACGUCAGCUCUCUCGUGCUCGACUCCGUCGCCAGGGCCACCUCCGAGGGACGCCGCACCAGGUGGGUCGACAGGACGUUCGCGCUCUCCGGCAAAGCGGCCGGCGGGGAGCUGCUGCUCAAGCUGGGGUUUCAGCUCAUGGACGACGCGGGGCUCAGCCUCUACGCGCAAGCGGCGUCGGAGACCACGGCGGCGGACGUGUUCCCGGCACCCUCUCGCGCGAGGGCUCACAGCAAGAAUUCCUUCAGUAUUUCAAGCAGGCCCAAGCCCAAGCUUUCGCCGCCCGACGCUUCCAUCUCACCAUCCAUGAGGGCUUACAAGCAGCUUCUCGAAAGACUCCGCAUCGACGAGAAUGGAGAUCCUGUGACGUCUCGAAAGCCCGCCGGCGACGACGAGGUUUCCGCUUCCACCGCCGACGCCGGGGACAUGUGCAGUCUCCCGGAGUACGAGGUCGUGGACAAGGGCGUUGAAACGGUCAAAGAAGUCGUCCACUACCAGGCUCACCGCGACGUGCUGCGGGAGCUCGACUCCAUUGCCGAGCAGAUCGAGGCCAUCGAGGCGUUGAUGACCAACGGGAUGUCACCCAAGGCGGUGGAUCAGCAGCAGCAGCAGCAGCAACUGGAAGCAGAUGAAGAGAUGGUGACUGUGGAGUUCCUUAGGAAGCUUCAGGUGGAGAUUGACAAGAACAGCAGGCUCAGGCAGCCCGUGACGACGCCAAGAAGUCAGUCACCGUCGCCAAGGACGGCGGGGCCUCCGCUCGUGGUGCCGGAUUUGGGGCGGGCCAUCGGGCCUGCCGUGCAGACGCGUGACGGUGGGUUCCUGGUGUCUAUGAACCCGUUCGACUUGCCACUGGCGAGCAGGGAUGGGCCCCCGAAGCUCGCCAUGCAGGUGUCGAGGCCGUUCGUGCUGCCGAGUUCCCUGGCGACGACCGGGUUCGACGUCCUCCAAAAGAUGGCGGCGGCGGGCGGCGCCGACGAGGUGCGCGGCAGGCUGGCGUCGCUGGGCGGCAUGGAUGAUAUCACGGGGAAGACGCCCGAGCAGGUGGGUUUCGAGGGCAUCGCGGAGGCGGUCAUCGGCGGGCGGCGCACCGAUCAGGGCGCGACCUCGAGCGCGGCGCGAUCCGUGCAGGUCGUCCGGAAGCUCGCGACGGCCUUGUCCGUGGGCCGGAGCGAGCGCGUCGCCACGGGCAUCUGGAGUGCGGGCGACGACCCGGAGACGCUGGAGGAGGUGCUCGCCUUCUCCCUGCAGAAGCUGGAGGCCAUGGCCGUGGACGCGCUCGCGGUCCAGGCCGAGGUGGCCGACGAGGACGCGCCGUUCGAGGUGGCGGCGGCCGCGGGGGACGCGAGCGUGUUCGACGCGCUGGUGCCCUCGGACGAGUGGUCCGGCGGCGGCUCGGACGGGCGCGUCACGCUGGUGGCGGCCAUCCAGGUGCGCGACCCGUCGCGGCGGUACGAGGCGGUGGGCGCGCCGAUGGUCGCCGUCAUACAGUCGGCGAGGCUGCUGGGCGCGGCGGGGCACAGCGCCGGGAGGUUCAAGGUGCGGAGCCUGCACGUCGGCGGCGUGCAGGUGAGGCGGGCCCCGUCGGGUGCCGGCGGGAGCGCGGCGAGCUGGGGCGCGGAGAGGCAGAAGCUGACGGCGAUGCAGUGGAUGCUCGCGCACGGGCCGGCCCGCGUCGGAAGGAGGGCGGCGACGCCGACGGCGCAGGCGAGGGUGCAGCGGCCCGACGUCGUGUGGAGCCUCUCGUCGCGGGUGCUCGCCGGGAUGUGGCUCAAGACGGUGCGGAACCCGGACGUGAGGAUUGGCACCAGCAGCAACGGGGUUGCAGUCUGAAUCAAGAGUUCGCUACACGUGCAGAUGAGCGCAUCGAGCUAGAUUCCAUGAUGUAUGUCGCAGUUUCUAGUGGCAUAAUUACAUGUGAGAUCAGCGUUGUAGAAUUGUUAUUUUAAUUUUUUUUCGAAGAAAACGAAUAAUUGUCAGUUUGUGCGGUACGAUACAAUUUUAGUUCGUCUUCGUCAUGUCAAUGUAAGACAGUUCAUAUUUGCAUUGCUGUGCCUUGGAUCAAUCAGAACCUGAAAA